AUGGCCAAGGAGCUUGAGGCAUUGAAGAACCAGCAACAAGAGGACACUGCGCAAAGAUUUACUGAAUCGCCUUCCAUUCCAGACUCGGUGCAGGACUCUCCAGAUGGCCCUAUUGAGCAUCCUGGGACAGCAGUACUUGAUGAGACUGGAAUCACCCAGGAUCACUUUCAGUUAGAGGAUUUUGUAAUCGACAAAGAUCUAGCUGUUGAGAUUUUCAGAGUCUUUUGCGUCUUCUACUACCCACAUAUCCCUAUUCUCAACCCCAACAUUUCCAUAUCAACACUAUAUGAGUCCUCACGGCUACUAUUCUGGACUAUCAUCGCUGUGACUACAUCGCGAGGUAUAUUUCCGUCCUUUCAAGCAGUAAGCGAGCCGCUCAAUGGACCUUUCUUACGCCAGUUCCAAUCAGAGAUCUUGAACGCGCCUCUACCACUCCAGAAAAUUCAGGCUAUAGUAUACUUGAUAAUGUUCCCAUUUCCUGUAAAGACGCAAACAAGCGAUUCGAGCUGGCUGUAUUCCGGCAUUGCCCUCAACGCUGCUAUGUAUAUGGGGCUGCAUCGGGCAAAGGCAGCACCAUCCUUGCGCAGUAUCGGUGUAUCAUCGGGGUCACCACGGGCGAGAGCUCAUACGUGGCUGGGAUGUUUCGUUGCUAGCACAGCACUGGCUAAGCAUGUGGGUGUAAGCUCCCCGAUCAGUGGGACUACGGAUUUGGCUACAGUUGAGCAGUUUGUCCGCUCCCACCCCAUCUCACCAGAGUUCGCAUAUCAAGUCAUGGUACUUCACACAUUAGCGAAGUUUUUCAAUACUAUCGUGGAGAACUCGCAAGAGAGCAUGAGCAUUUCUUUGGCAAAUAUCAUCGACGCAGAGUUGGACGAGUUGAAGACGAGAUAUCCUACACCAUGGACGCCGAGAGUCGAAGUAUCCAACUUGACUGCGAAGCUACUGCUAUACACAACAGUAGUCAUCCGACUGCAAUCAGAUCGCGCAUCGCGAGAGAUUCUGAUGCGAAAAGGGUUGUCCGUCGCGGUGCGGAUUAUUUACGUUACGGAUCAAGGCCUUGCCUUUCGACCGAAUGACUUUCCUGAUAUCCCACCCGAAAUCCUCCAAGACACGUUACCGAAGAACUACUUCCGGAUCUUGGUUCUUUCAACCACCUUUCUGCUACGGUUCUUCGUAUCGAACAAUCAAGCGACACCAGCAGAGCAGGAGCUAGCUCGCAACCAUGUCGCAAUCGCUCAGCGGUUCUUCCAUGCUGGUUCAAAAGAUCCACGGGACGAGCGAGCUCGGUGUGCAUUACUUUUCGAAACACUAAGCCGUCAGAGGCCAAUCGAUCUCGAGAAUUCCAAGCUACGGGUUGACGACCGCAUGGGUGCUUCGCUGGUCUAUGAUGCUGUGACAACUGGGCACGAGCUGCGACACCUGCCCAUAGAAGUCGUCGAAGACCUGUCAAAUGAGGUCCCCAAUGGAUUGUCGAGACCUCUAGAACCAUCUCUGGAUACGAAAGGUAAAGACAUAGCCAUGGACGAUUCACACAUGAACAGCUUCGAAACGCUGGACUUUUCGCUUCCUGAAGACCUAUGGGGGAACUCGAUAUGGGGAAUGUUUGGCAACAUUGCGCCAUCGUUUUAUCCGUCUUACGCUGCUCCCGAGGCCAUGCAGGAUCCGCCUGGUCACGAAUUCACGUAUAAUUGA